AUGAAAAAUAAAUUAGAAAUAUUACCGAAUGAAAUAUUGUUAAAUAUAUUUGUAUAUUUCUCAUGGGAUGAACUCUUAAUAUCAUUCUGGUCAUUCGAUAAACGUAUUAAUAAUCUUAUAUAUUCAAUAUUUGAAAUAAAUCAAAAUGGAAUUAUUUUCGAUAAACCAGGUUUAUCUUAUAAAAAAUUUUCUAAAAUAUUAUUACCAUUAAUAUUUAAUUCAUUAUCUCUUUGUUCUUUUAUUAAAUAUAUUCAUGUUGAUGGAAUAAAUUCAAUUUGUUUUAAUUUAAUUUAUCAAGAUAUUUUUUCUCAUAAUGAUGAUAAAUCAAUUCUUCGUUUUCCUAAUCUUAAGUCACUUUAUAUAAGUCGAUGUUUAUUAUCUGAAUCAUUAAUUCAAACAUUAUCUUUUCUUAUUCAAUUGAAAUUAAAUAAACUUACAUUAACAUUUGAUGAAGAUAUUUACGAAACAUUUAGUUAUGAAUGCGAAAGUUCAUCAAUUCUUUCUGAUCAAGGUAAUUAA